AUGACCUGGCACAUUAGUUGUCUCUACAUUAUAUGGUACACCAAUGUGAUCCUCCCUAGGGCGCUUGUGCACUACACUGAAAUUUCAGGACCAGCGGUCCGAUUUUUUCCUGUCCGAUAUGUCAGGCCAUAUGUAGGUAAUGCGCGCCUGUGCACUGUUAGGAAUUUAACCGUCCGGAAUUUUACUUUUCUCUAUUCCGGACCGGUGUUUUCAGGUGUGUCAGAGGUCCUUCCUUCAUCGCUGUAUCUGUACAGUCCUGGUUCCCUAGACUUCACGGACGUGAUAGUGAAGCGGGUGGGUGAUAAUCUGACCCUUAUAUGUGAGCUGCAUGGUGACACACCUUCACCAGCUUACUUUGUGUGGAACUAUAUUGCCACCAAUGAAAGUUCAGCUGCUGAAAGGGAGCCGUACUCGGUAUGGAGCAACGGCACUACGAGUCGGCUGACUCGCGCGCGCCUCACGGAGGCGGACAGCGGGAGGUACUUCUGCGCCGCGCCGCCGCACAGCCAGGCUAAAUAUAUACUGGUGCAGCCGCAAGGCGGGCGGUGGUGCGCCGUGAGCGCGUUCCGGUGCGGCGCGCGCUGCGUGCUGGCGGCCAACGUGUGCGACGGCCGCGCCGACUGCGCGCGCGCGGAGGACGAGGCCGAGGCGCUGUGCGGCGCGCGAGUCUGCGACCGUCCGGACCGGCUGAACUGCUCGAUGGGGCGCUGCAUCCCGGCGGCCGCGUGCUGCCCCACGCCGCACCCGCUGUGCAGGCAGCACUCCUGCUGCGGCGACCGCAGCGCCAGAGGUUUCGAUUUAGAACUAAUACCGCCGUUCGAGGACCGCCGCGCCCCGGACGACUACGGGUUCAUUCAGUCCACCAUAUACACCGUCACCGCUUGCGCGCUGAUCUUCAUGAUAGCGGUGGUGCUGCUGGUGUCCGCCAUCUGCAAGAUGCACAUGAAGCGCGCCGCGCUGCGCUCCUACAGCGACGCGCGCUACAGCAUCAACCUGGUGCGUACUAACGCGUACGCGCCCGCAGCGGGCUGCGCCCACUGUGGCCCCGCCCACCCUCCAUACAUCCACUCUCGCUCUUGCGCAGGGCGUGCAGCGGCACCGCUACCCGCCGUGCUACGAGGCGGCCGACCUGCUGGACCACCCCGCGCCCGACGCCUCGCCGCUGUCCGCGCUCGCCCCGCUCGUCCCGCUCGCCCCGCUCGCCCCACUCGCCCCGCCGCAAGACAGGAUCUCGGGGAUGCUGACGCCGCUCCUUUUUAUCGUCCUCUCGAAAAUCAAAGAAGAAACGUCGAGGAGUUCAUCGCCUCCGAUUGUAACUCCGUAUGGAAUAUUAUUACCUGGUUUACUGUAAAUAAUCUUCAGUUAAAAGCUAAAAAAUUGAAAUGUAUAGAGUUCAUGUUACCUAAUAUAAAAGCUGAACUAACAGAAAUUAAACUUAAUGAUGAAAAGCUCGAGUUGGUUGAUCUUCAACAAUCUUCUUGGUGUGCGGAGGGGGGCUCGGCGACCGCGUCGCCCGCGCACGCGCGCCGCCCGCACGCGCACGCGCACCCGCUGGCGGCGCUCGGCGGCGUGUUCGCGUCGCGGUACACGCAGGUCGGUGCACACUGUACUGUACACUGCACACUGCACACUGCACACUGCACACUGCACACUGCACACUGCACACUGCACACUGCACACUGCACACUGUACACUGCACACUGCACACUGCACACUGCACACUGCAUAUCAACUAUCGCGUGA